AUGACAUGUUGUUUUACAGACUGUACAUUGAUAGUGUCCCCAAGUGUUCUGGACGGUGAUAUUGUUUGUUUGAUUGGUAGUGAAUGUUCUGAGGUAUCCUGUUGUAUCAAUGACCCAGAGACCAUGAGUGACGUCAACAUCUACCUUAAACUGGAUCCCUGUCAAUUCACCUUACUGAUUGGGGUAGAGAAAUACAGCUUUGAAGUCUCUCUCCUAGACUUUGACUUUGAGAGGAGUUAUGAGUUAGAUCUUAGUGGUAUCUACAAAGUCAGUUUCUCUGUGGAUGAUCUGGUGAAUAGUGGAAUGUAUGUGGUCAACAUGACGGUCAGCAUCUGUUGGAGUAGUGGUCAAGAUUGUCAGUUUAUGUCACAAGUUUUCAAGAAUACAUUGUUGCCUAAACGCACAUGUGAUACACAGAUAGACUUUACUCAGUCAGACUUUAGUUAUACCAACUGGCUCACCACUACAGGGUAUACAGAUGCCACACCUCUUACAGGUGAUGCACUAGAUGACCUUGAAGAAGUCCUUGACAUUGUCAAGUUCUAUCAACCUACUGGUUAUACUGUAGUUAAUGUCAGUAGUAACGGGUGGAAUAAUGAAUGUGUCUUGGGCAUGGUAGAGCUACCAGACAUUUCUCUUGCUGCUAAUUGUACUCUCCAACCCCAUUGUACAGCUGUAGACUGUAGUAUUUACUCACCAAGACUUGGCAGGAGUUUCCAUGCUGCUGUAGAUAUUGACCCCUGUCAUGCUCGUAUGGUGGUAAAGAUAGAGAAAAUGAACUUCAAUGUGGGACUACUGGAAAAACAAUAUGGUGAUUUGUGGCAAGUUUGGUUGAAAGGAGUUAUAAGACUAGACUUCACCGUCAAUAACUUACUGACUGAGAACCUGUACCUAGUAAACAUGAACUUGAGCAUAUGUUUCGAGUCGUCUGGAGCAUGUGAAGUUGGACCUGUAAACAUUCUUGUCAACACUUUACUUCACAAGAAACCAUGUGACUUCUCCAGUGACUUUGCAGUUACAGGGUUUUCUUUGGAAGCAAUGAAACAGACUUACCAUCUAUCAGAAGCUGGGGCACUACCUAGUUACUUUGUACAGCAGGUUUUGAAUACAGCCAGCGUGUCACAGUAUCUUCUGGAGCCCUCAUGUAACAGACUGUCUUCACCAUUUGGUACAACUUACGAUGGAUGGAUGAAAGGUUGUUCUCAGUCCUUGACCCUGGAAUAUAUCAAACCAACAGAGACCACCUGUUUCACGUUACCAGAUUGUACAGGGUUCCAGUGCUGUGUAGAUGCAGCGGUCAUUGGAAGGUCGUUCUUAUACAAAAUAUCUGUUGAUGCUUGUAAAAACAAACUGACUGUCGCCAUUGAAGGUCUAGAAUACGAACAGAAUCUCUUAACUUACAAAUUUGGUACUCAAGAUAAGUUCUACGUAAAUGGUAUCUUCAAAAUGGACUACAUGAUAGAGGAGCUACCAAUAGAUGGGUCUUACUUGUUGAGUGUCACACUGAGUGUAUGUUUAGAGUCCAAUGCUGAUUGUGCUGUACAGAGAGUAGUAGCUAGUAGUCUUAAGAUAGACAAACCUACAUGUACAUCUACUGGACAAUUUGCAAUUCCAGGAUUUUCCCUGACUGAGUGGAAGUCUAGUUUGGGAUUAAGUUCCACAGGCUAUCUACCAGAAUAUGCUGUUACUCUUCUGAUGAGUGAUCUCAACAUUGCCAAGUACAAGAAAGAACCUCAGUGUACCUUAGCAUCGCCAGGCUGGCAAGCAGGAGGUCAGUAA